GCCCAGCGACGAAUUCCCCCCCCCCUCUCCCCCAUUCUUCUCCAUCUCUUCGUCUUCUUCUUCCUCUUCUUCCUCCUCCUCCUCUUCCUCAUCUCCCUCCUCUAUUUUAAAGGCACGAUGUCAGCGGGUCAGGGCGGCAGGGCCAGGGAGCCGUUCAGGGCUGUGGAAGGAGACGAGAGGGAAGAGCUGUUGCUCAAGCACGGCAUAUGGCAAUGGGUCGACCAGGGGCAGAAGAACGUUGGCAGGGCAAAUGGGUCAUGGAGGAUGCAGUGCAGGUUGUGCUCCAAGGAGCUUGAUGGGGCCGUGAAUCGGGCYGUCAAUCAUUUCAUCCAACCAUCAGACGGCGCCCGGUGCAAGCAUGUCAACGGGGAGAUUUUGUACGCCAUUUACAAGGCACAAGGAAAGAGCAAGAUCCCGCAGAAACUGUUGAGCAGACUGGAUGCCCACAUGCGGGAGCUUGGGUACCCGUCCUCAACACCGACUGGAAUGGGCCAGGAGGAUGAGGUCGGCGAGGAUGGUUGUGAGGAGGAUCCUUUUGGGGAUGUGCCGUCAGCGGAGGGCAGCAGGCUUGAGCCAACACCUGCAACGGAUCUCCCACUGCGACCUCCAAGCAGCAACGCUUCCAGGCAACAGACAUCGAUGACCAGCUACUUGGUCGAUGAGCUGCAGAGGGAGAUGAAUCACGCGGUUGCACAAUUUUUCUACGAAAAUGCAAUUGCGUUCAAUCCAGCGCGCUCUGAUGCCUACAAAAAAGUUGAGAAGGUCAUGGGUGAUGCAGCCAGGGCAAAGAAAGUGUUGACGUUGCCAUCUUACGACACAUUGAGGACUGACGAGCUGCAGGGAAGCAACAAGAAGACUGACACCGACAUGGAUGAGAUGUCCACAUGGCCUAAAACUGGAUACACUCUCAUGACGGAUGGCACGACGACAACCAGCAACAGGCCGGUGAUCAACUUCCUUGCCGGAGGAGACAAGGGUGCACUGAUGGUGAAGAACAUGGAUAUGGAAGGGAAGGACAAGUCAGCACCAGCCUUGGCUAAGAUGUGGGAGGGGGUGAUCAGGGAGUUGGGUGUGAAGAACAUCAACGCAAUAUGCACCGACUCUGCACAGGUCAACAUCUCUGCUAGGAACAUCCUUGCAAAGCAUCCAGACCGUGGAUGCCUUGCGCAUGCCACAUUUGCAACCUCCUCAUGGUGGACAUUGCCAGUGUGCCGUGGGUCGCGGAGGAGKAAAGGGAAGCAGAGGAGGGUUGAGGCGGCUGCACGAGGAGACAAGAGCAGUGGGAAGGCAUUGGAGCUCAUCACACCGGGGGAGACCCGUUUUGGAACUCAUUACCUUAUGCUGAAGAGACUGCAGCUGAUGGAGACUGUGUUGAUGGACACAAUGUGCAGCAGUGAGUGGGAUGCGGCCCCGUGGGAGAAAAGCAAGGUAGAACGGGCACAUGCAUGCAGGGAGCUCGUGCGCAGUGUAGAGUGGUGGAAGACAGUGGAUGAGGCUGUUAAACUGCUGGAGCCAGUUUACAAGUUCAUGUGGACCAUGGACAGCGAUGGCCGAAUGGGUCCUCACAUAUGGAGUCUUGCUGUCACUUUGGAAAACAGAAUGAAGAGUGCUCCUAUGGACGAUGACACCAGGAAGGUGGUGAUGCAGAAGGUGAAGCAGCGCAUAGAGAUGAUGGCACUUCCUGUGCAUGCAGCUGCACACAUGCUGCACCCUGCGAACCGUUCUGCUGAUCUAUUUGACAACCUGGAGGCCCCGGUUAUACACAACACUUUAGCCCACAUUGCGACGAUUUAUCCAGUUGGGACGCAAGCGUACAGAGAAUGUUGGGAUUCACUGUUGAGCUUCCACCAGCGGGACCCGGAGUGGACGGGUGAGAACUCAAAGGAAUACCUGUCCAGCAAGAGGAUCUCGAUGGCACAAUGGUGGAUGACUUAUGGUUACGUGAACACCGAGCGUCUCGACUGGGAGACUCCGGAGGAUGUGGCCCCACAUGACGGAUUUAUGCAGGAUGGGGAGUACGACCUCGAGGACGUGGCGAUACGGGCCGCAAAUUGGUCGAGAGCAGGCAGUCGCUUAUCCCAGGCAACGAUGCUUGACAUUCAGCCUAUUCUAGACGAGGUUGAGGAUGACGGAGCAUGGUUGGCUGCUCAGACUUACACACCUCCUCCGCUCAGACCAAACCGUGCCAGGGUGGUGGAGGAUGUUUCAGCGGAUUCGGACGAUGAGGAGGAGGAUGAGAUAGCUGAUUUGCCUCUUCUGUGUAGCAGGGCGAGGAUGACCGCGUCACGCAGGGAGCAGGGAGAUGACAGUUUGGUUGGUGGUGUUACCGUUACUCCUACCACCCGGGUUGACGAAAGUGCAGUUGGUGGCGCAGGUUCUUGUGUGACCACUUCUAUUGGUCAUCAUGCUUCUGCAGCCGUGGCUGUUGGUGGAAGAUCAACAUUGCAACGUAGCACUUGUGUUGGUGGCACGAGUUCAGCUGCUGAUCAUGUUCAUGGGAGCACUGCAGUUGGUGGGAGUUCGACCGUGCACAGCAACAGUUUUGGUGUUCCUUGUAGUCUGGCAAUUGGAGGGAGUUGCAUAGUGGACGGUGGUGUUGCUGUUGGUGUGACCGUGAGUGAUACUGGUGCAGGUUGCCCUGGGGACGCAGCGGAUCUGCCCGCAGGGAAGGCCAGUGCUGAUCUUGAUGUUGGCAUGAGUGACGCUGGCGGAGAGUGUCGUCAGGACAGCACCACCAUCCCACCUGCAGCAGAUGUGUUCGCCUCACUUAUCAAUUUCAUAUCCCCUGAAGAUUACACGAUUUCACCAUUGACUUCCCCCCUCCAAACGGACAGUGAGGACAACAAUCCACCUCGGGAAAGAUUGAGCAGUGCUAUCCCGCCUGUCCCACGGUUCGAUGAAGAGACCACACCCUCAUCAACUGCAGUACACAGGGGAAUGAGCCCAAGUGAUGGACAGCAGCCUGCGGUACAGGAUUGUGCAAGGAUUUCCUGGAAGAGAAUGUCCCCGCCUGAAAUUAACCAAGAGGUCGUGCGCACGGUAAAGAGCAUGGCUGGCUGGAAGAAGGGAUCGAAGAACAAGGAAGUGUCGAAGAAGAUGAAUGUGUCAAAGAAGAAGGACAAGUCAAAGAAAAGGGAACAAGAGAAAGAGAAGGACGCGUCAAAGAAGAAGGACAAGUCGAAGAACAAGGAUGCCGGAGAAGGCCCCUCGCAUUCUGUUCGCCGACCAGUUGGCAGACCAUGACGAGCUCGGACUGAGCCCGACCCCGACCCUUUGGAAAUGAAGAGAGCUAUCGUCA